AUGUCUAAUGUAUUGGAUCAGAUUCGAAAAGUUACGACGAUCGUUGCAGAUACCGCCGACAUUGCUGCAAUUAAACAGUUUCGACCGGUCGACGCUACUACAAAUCCUUCUCUACUUUUAGCAGCAACAAAACUUGAAAUCUAUAAGCAUUUUAUUAAAGAUUCAGUGGAUUAUGCUAAGUCAAAAUCAACAUAUCGAGAAAAUGUUAUUAAUCUGGCAACUGAUAAACUUUUCGUUCUUGUUGGAAAGGAAAUUUUAAAAUUUAUCCCAGGUCGAGUGUCUACCGAAAUUGAUGCCAGACUGGCAUUCGAUAAGGAAGCACAAGUCAGGCGAGCUUUGUCCCUUAUUGAACUUUACAAAGAAGAAGAUAUAUCGAAGGAUCGAAUUUUGAUCAAGAUCCCUUCGACAUGGGAAGGAAUUCAAGCGGCCAAAAUUUUGGAAAAUGAAUAUGGCAUACAUUGUAACAUGACUUUGUUAUUCAAUUUUUACCAAGCAGUUGCUUGCGCUGAAGCCGGAGUCACUUUAAUUUCCCCAUUUGUUGGUCGCAUAUUGGAUUGGUAUCAAAAGAAUACCGACACGAAAGAGUUUAAUAGAUAUACCGAUCCUGGUGUUGUUAGUGUUUGUAAAAUUUAUGAAUAUUAUAAAAAAUUCGGUUAUAAUACUCAAAUUAUGGCAGCAUCAUUUCGAAAUACAGAACAGAUUAAAGGAUUGGCUGGAUGCGAUUUGUUAACAAUAAGCAGCGCUCUUUUAGAACAAUUAUCAAAUGAUAAUGAACAAAUUUCUGUUAUUUUGAAUCCCGAAAAAGCAGCACUUACUGAUUUGAAGCAAAUAUCGGUAACAGAAUCUAUAUUCCGUUAUGAAAUGAAUGAAGAUGCGAUGGCUUGUGAUAAACUCGCUGAUGGCAUUCGUAGAUUUGCAGCCGAUGGGAAAACAAUUGAAAAAUUAAUUGAAGCAGCUAUCUAG